AUGGAGUGUAGGUAUAUUCAAGGCCAGUAUUCUUUCCUAGAGAGGAGGGGUGCAACAGAACCUUUGUGCUUAUUCUAUAAUGAGUGUCCUUGGGAUGUUGCUUAGAGAUGCAGUCUGUCUGUUUGUCCUGUUCAGCAAAUGAUCAUGGUACAUAUAGAUAAUGGUUCGUGAGCACUUGCCAAGAUUUAGAAACAAUAGCUGAAAAAAUGAAUUUAGUUUGAAAUUUCUAAACACACACUGCUGGUAUAACAGCAGCUUGUGCACUUCCCAUGGAAUCUGUAUACUCUAAACUUCCUCUGUCUUUUGGACAGUUGCAAGAAAAAACAAAAUAAAAUAAAAACUCCUUCCUCCAGGAGGGAAUCAUUAAAUUGCUUAGCAAUGACCAUCGGGACAUCAGCUUCCUGAAAUAAUGUGAGCAGAAACACAUUGCAUGUGUGAGUCUCGCCUGCCUAAUGUGUAACCCUGCAGCUGUAUAUUCUGCUUACAAUGUGAGAGGGCUUUGUGGCAAGCAGCUGAGAAAAUCUGCUUGGUACAUGAGCAUUAAAGUGUCCCUUUAGGCUGAACUGGAAAAAAUAAUGAAUAAACAUUCAAGGAAAUAAAACCACAUUGUCUGUAUGUAGCGCUCAUGUCACAGACUAAAAGUGAAGGUUGUACAAACUUCUGAUUGGCUACUUGGAAUUUCUGCUUAACUAAUCUGCUAUGGGUGCUCUGUGUUCUUAUUUGGUACAAUGACUUUUAGAUGCAAAGACUUCCUAUUUAAUUGUACAGCUAGCAAUGAAUUGGCUUUAGCAAAACCAGAAACUAUAAUCUGGCUCCAUUCUCUUAUGUUUGUUGGGUAAAAUUUAAUUCACUUUUAUUUCACUGUAUUAAAAUUGCAUUGAACCAAAUGUGUCCCUUGUAUAAUAAAAGGAUCUUAUUUCUACAUUUGAUGGUAGCUCUGCCAAAUUGAAGCCGAAUAGUCCUGGACAACAGCAAAAAUUCCCCACUAUAGUGGGGCAUCUAUAAUCUUUAAUGCAGGGUCAGCUCUUCAGUAUUUUGUUUGCAUAGAGAGAAGUACUCUUAUUACUUUAGUCUGAGAGAGAGAGGAAAUAUAUCUUAACAGCUAGCCGAUAGGCAGCUGAAUUGUAGUGGAAGUAUAACUGGGAUACCUGAAUUUGCCUUUUGUAUAUAUCUUUCCGUGGUUGACAUUGCAAACUAUGUGUUAAAAUAGCCAAACCUGGAGCACCUUUCGGCUGCUUUUAGUGAAUAGACUCUAUUUGUGUUUAAAUAUGUGCCCAUGCUACACUGUCUGUAACAACAAUGUGUUUUUGUCUUGCAGUAACUGAUGAGGAUACAGUAAAGCGAUAUUUUGCCAAGUUUGAAGAAAAAUUCUUCCAAACCUGUGAGAAGGAGCUUGCCAAAAUAAACACGUUUUAUUCAGGUAAUUGAAUACAAAAAGCACAGAGAACACUAUGUAAGUGAUGUGUGGUCUUGAUUGUGGAAAUUUGCUGAGAAAAUGCAGUGCAAUUUCUGUGGCACUGAUUGUUGAAGAUUGCUAGGAGAAUGUCAUGUGAGUAAUGGAUUGUUGAAAAUUGUCACUGAUUUUUGUAUUUUUUUUUUACUGUGGUUACAGAAAAAUUGGCAGAAGCUCAGCGACGCUCAGCCACCUUACAAAAUGAGCUGCAGUCCUCGCUGGAUGCACAAAGAGAGAACAGCAGAGCACCAGCCCUCCGGCAGCGCAGAAAAGCAGUGUUCACUCUGUCACAUGAAGAGCGAGUCCAACAUAGGAACAUCAGGGACCUAAAAUUGGCAUUCAGCGAGUUCUAUCUGAGCCUUAUUCUGCUGCAGAACUACCAGGUGUGCACAGUCUUUAAAUACACCUGCCAAACUAACAGGGUUUUUUACCAAAGGGAGAAUUUGAAGUGAAUUCCAAAUAUAAGGUCAAAUCAACGAACUUGAACAAUUCUGUAAGCCAGCAAUUCUCUUAUUUUGGCUAUUCUGCCCUUAAGCUUGAAAUUCAACUUGAAUUAAUCAAUUUAGUGAUUAAUGAAGGUGAUUGAAUGUGGUUCACAGUGGCUCAUCUCUGCCUCACUUUUCAUGAACUAACCAGGGUAGCCUUACAUAUGUUCCAAGAAGUUUCAAUUAAAUAGAAUAAUGACCGUCGCAAACAAAAAGUAUUAAGUGCAAUCAUUCAAAUUCUCCCCUGAAUAUUUAACAUUUUUAAUAAAGAAAAUGUUUGUGAUUAAUCAAGAUUUGGCAAGACUGGAAUAAAUAACGUCUCUAAAAACAUGGAUUUUCUCUCUAAAUAUAUAAUCGAAUUUUCAGAAAUCAAACCUUAGAGGAGGAAAGGAUAAGGCUGGGAAACUAUGGUUGACAUGGGAUGGUAUUCUAUCUGUAUACAACUUUGGGCUGCACACCGUAACACUUUUUCCAUGAACAAUGUGGGGGGAGGACUUGACCAUGAUAAGGGAUUUGCUAAUGUGUACUAAAGUGUUACUGAAAAGGUGGGUGAGACAGUGCAGCACACAAGCACUCUUUAGGAUUUUAUCUUUUGUCCUUGAGAAGUGGAACUGAAGGUCCCAGUUUACAGCUGCCUUCCCAUCUCUUCCAAAACCUUUUAGUAAAUCUAUGUUUAUGCAGCAGUUUAGCUGCUUGGCUAAAAAAACUGUUAUCUGAUCAUAACAAGACAAAAUACUAAAUAAAGGGUGAAUCACUAACGAGAUUUGCAUAAGGGAAGGGAGAGAAAAAAAUAUCCCAGAAAGCUACAGUUUACUUCUUAUUACUGCAUGGUUGACCAACUCUGUACCUCCAUGUCUUCUACAAUUUUCUGCUAGUCUUUUGCAUUCAAAGAAUUCGGAGAGUUGUUUUUGGUUUAAGCAUGAUUAGAAUCACAUAAACAUUGUUCCUUUUAUGUUUUUUGUUUGUUUUCUUUGUUUUUGUGUUGUGUCCUGUUUUAAAGUUAUUACCAAGGAAACGCAGGGAUCACUUUCUAUUACUGGCUUUCAUGCUGGAGGCGGAGUCAGAAUGUUAAUUAACUUCCAGUGCUUAAAGGGACUCUCCAGUGGCAGGAAAACAUACCAGUUUUCCCCCCAUCCCAUGUUGCUGAAUGGGUUAAAACCCCUUCAGUGCCUUACCUGAAUCCAGGCUGUGCCCCCACUCCUCCCCCGCCGAUGGCAGCCAGCAGGGGAGACCUAAUGCGCAUGUGCGUCAAUGGCCGCGCGCACGUAUUAGACCUCCCCAUAGCAAUGCAUUUUUUUAACGACAUCCAACGUCGUUUAAAACACUUUUCGUUAGACAGCCACUAGAGGAGGACUUAACCCUGCAAGGUAAUUAUUGCAGUUUAUAAAAACUGCAAUAAUUACCUUGCAGGGUUAAGGGUGGUGAGAGUUGGUACCCAGACCACUCCAAUGGGCUGAAGUGGUCUGGGUACCUGGAGUGUCUCUUUAAAAAAACAAAAAACAAAACAAACAAAAACUAUACAGUACUCAUUUUGAGACAACAAUGUGAAAAAGUAACCACUUCUAGAUAAUAUGUAAUUACGUGGACUCCUUGCAACAUUCCUUAUACAGUAUUAUAUAUUAAUUUAUUUUAUUUAUAAUAUAGCAUUUAACUGUACCAUAUCAUCCCUUUCACAACACCAGUUACAUUUCAACUUAUUUGUAAAACACAUCCUUGCCCAUGAGCACCAUCAAUUGAGAAUAUUUGGUUUGGUACCCCAGGAUUAUGUGAACCACAUAGAUGAUCUAUCUCAUGGUUUAAUAUAUACUGACAUGUUUAGUGUUUCUGCAUUUAGUUAUUACAGCAAAUAUAUGUAUAUAACACAGGCCAAGUACCACGUCAACCUUUACUUUAAUAGAGCGUUUAGCAGAGGCUGCAUACAAUUAUUCUUAUUUGAGAGCUCGCUAUAAAUAUACUAGUAUUUACUGAGGUUUGAUGUCAUAGCAAAGUAUCAAUAAAGUCAGCUAACGUCUUCUGAUAAAACUAUCUAGUGAGCUCUAACAUUUUAAUAGCUGAUCAUGAUUUUUCAAACACAUGCUUGCUUGCAAACCUAUAGUUAAUGACGUGAUUAUCUCCUACAAGUUGGGUCCUUAAGAGUCCAUAUGACUUCACAUGCAUAUCAUAGCCGUGUACUGCAAACCGUAUGCUAUAAUCUCAAACCAUUAUUCUGUACAUAUUACCUAGUUUAUUGGUUACAAUAAUGGAUUUUUUUCUUACCCCUGUUUUCUUCAGAAUCUUAACUUUACCGGCUUCCGCAAGAUCCUAAAGAAACAUGAUAAGAUCCUGGAGACAGGUCGUGGGGCAGACUGGCGUGUGGCUCACGUGGAAGUGGCGCCAUUCUACACAUGCAAGAAAAUCAAUCAGUUGAUUUCUGAGACUGAGGUAUCCUAGAAAGCAUAACUACCUUUUAAUUGUCAGAGACAUGACAUGCAUGCACCCAUGUAUUCACAGUUUAAAGAUUCUUAGCAAGGCUGCAAAAUGAUGCAUAAUGUGCAUUUCCUUUUAGUUAUGCAUCCAGCACAUUAUUAUUAUUCACGUCUAUUUUAAAAAGAUGGCGUGAAAACUAACAAUACAUUAAAAAGUUCAAUAUUGUUUGCAGCAACCCCCUCCUCAGAUAUUGGUAAUAAGAUUCAAACAGUGAAACAACAAAAGUGCUGGUGCGCAAGAUUUAAAAGAACACCCUUAGUGAUACUAUGUAGCAAAAGUGCUCUCUGGGUGUUUCUAUACAAAAUAGUGCGAUAAUAUUAACCCACAAUAUAACACGUGUAUAUACUUGCAAUUCUGUAAGUAUACAUUGGUGGUAUCUGCAAAAAGGAGACAAAAAGUAACACAUAAAGCACUCCUAGUGCAAUAAAGUUACAAAAUAAAACAAAUAUGUAUAAAACCUUUGUAGGUAUUGAACUCACAAGUUGAGUGAUAAUAACCCCACUCAAAGCUAUAACGCCCUGGGAGGACCUGUCCCUAGAGUACGUGGGAUCCAACAGAUGCUCUGGUGACCCGGGUUACAGGUCAAAAUAACUCCUUUAUUUCAAGCCUUAAAAACACACAAAGCAGCAAAAUAAGUCCACCGUCUGCUCACCAGCCCUCUGGUAGUUAAGGACAGUUGGGAUGUAGCCGCCGUCCUUCUCCUUCUGAUUGUGGCUGGUCUCGCCGGUGUGCAAGCUUCACCCUUCUGUGGUCCCGUGACGCGUUUCGCCCCUCCUCCAGGGCUUUCUUAAAUGAGCAGUUUCUCCUCCCACCACUGAUUCUUUUAUUGGCAGGGCUCUUUGCCGUGGUCCAAUCGGCAUAUAGCAAUCUCCACCUCGCACAGAGAGAGUUUCUAGAAUACCAUAAAGUCUAUCCACUCCAAAUAAAGUCCUUAAUUCAUCAGUUCAAAAAAUGUUAUGUUAUAAGGAUAAAGUAUCAGAACUAAUUCAUAAAGGGGACAAAAUAGGAAUCUGAUCAGAAAUUAAAACGUACCUCACACUACUUACAUAAACUAUUUACAUUAAAAAAAAUCACGUAUCCAAGAUAUACAUAACGUUUGCAUGUUAACCAAGGAACCUAUGUUCGUUUACCCAUUACUAUACCAGACUUUUAAAAAGCAGAAGAUUGUCUAACUCAAAACUUAAAACAAGUCACUUAUCAAAAUACAAAUAUGACACCCAGAGAGCACUUUCUUUGCUACAUGGUAUCACUAAGGGUGUUCUUUUAAAUCUUGCACACCAGCACUAUUGUUGUUUUACAUUAUUAUUAUUCACAUUAAGUGUUUUACAUUUUAUGUGUUAGCAGAAUUUGCAUGCAUUAUAUACUGCACAGUCUAUUGCUGUAGAUUUCGGAAGCUUUCAUUUUUUUCUCCCUGUACCUUGCCAUUGUCAGAGGAGCUCUUUAUUUUUGUUCACAUUUUUGCAUAAUAAAGUGAGUAUUAUUUUUUUUUUGUUUGUUUUUUUUUUUGUAAUUUGUUUUGUAAAUAUUGUGACCAGUGGAGGCGGGCCCAUACAGCUUCUGUAUGGGGAUUCUGCUGAGUGACAUAGCGACCUAGCCUAUAAAGAUUUUGUGAUCAUUCUGGGGAACUAACACAAAUCUUGGAUGUCAUUAAAGACAGGCUUGCGUAUUGUCCCAUAUUCAAGAGUUCUUAUCGGAGGGUUGACAUCUUCAAAGUCUAGGUUUAUGGUGUUGAACAGGUUAUUUUGUGUUAUUGGGUCAGUGACCAAGUACGCUGUGUUAAAGAAAUACUCCAAACACCAGAACCCCUUACAGCAGGGGUCCUCAAACUCUGGGCCGCAUUAGGCCCACCAGGGUCCUGAACCCAGCCCAAGCACUUAGGGCCAUCUGAUGGGCCCUAUAUCAUCAGGAAUACCUGGUGUAUGCAGUGCACUGCAAGCCUAGUUCACCUCACAGGAAGUAUCGAAUCCAGUUCUUCUCAAAGAGAAGUAUUAGCUGCAUUUGUUAGUGUUGUGUUGUGUGGUUCAUGAUAACGAUAACGCAGAAUGUGAAGACCGUUGAAAAUUAACGUCUUAAGGAGGAAAUGCCUUUAGAGUCUGUAAACAUUUCUGUGUAUCAGAAAUGCCUGUGUUUACUUUACUAGACAAAAAGUACAGCAUCUACGCACCAAACAAGAGACUGGUUUUGGUGUGUAGAGUCUCCUUUUAAAUAUUGGCUAACUGCAAUCUUCACUCAAGUUAAAGAGCUGGAGAAACCACCCAACAUACUUGUAUUACUAUGAGGAAGAGAGGACAAUUAAAUGGAAAAAUUACAAUUUAAAAACUAGGAACAUUUGCAAGAGAGAAAAAAAAUAGUUUUUAUGCACUGUACAAUGCAAGCAAUAUUUACCUCAUCAUGGCAAUAUUAUUAUAUGUUACUGUGAAAGUUCCAACAUUUUAUGUCAUGAACGGGGUUGAUGCCAGUUGCUGAAUACAGAUUGUGCAUUUGUCAUAUUCUUUCUAUUUCAUACCCAGGCUGUAGUGACCAAUGAGUUGGAAGAUGGGGACAGACAGAAAGCCAUGAAACGCUUGCGUGUGCCACCUCUAGGAGCUGCCCAGGUAAGCCGUUUUAUGUGAAGUAAUGAGUUUAUUGAAUUAGGUAUAUAUUACAACCUGUAGUUCCCUUUAUUUCAAACCCAGAUGCUCUAGUGAAACCAGCAGCUUCCCAGGUAUUAAGAUAAUGGUUUGUCUCCAUUUCGUUGGGUUUAAAUCCAUGAUGAAAUGUUCAACUAUGUUGAUCUUUUGUUACUUGCUAUUGCCAUGGUUCUGAUUAGGUGAUGGUUUAGCAUGUGUUCCUACAGGCUGCUUUCUAAAUUAUAGAUGUUACAGAGAGUUGCUGUGAAUAGAACCUAAAUUACAUUAUAUAUACACAACAUGCCUCACUUUUUAACUUACCUGAUAUGUGCCAGUAUAUUGCAAUAUCAGUACUGUGAUACAGAUAAGUAACAGAAUGCUACAGUAUCUCGUAGUAUCUUUUAUUCGACUAACACAAUUUUGCGAGCAUUCCAUUAUUGUUUUCCUAUAUCAAGUCAAAAUUCUGUUUGCGCUACAGAAAUGAUAUUAUGCAAUACAGCCAUGUGCAGUAGUGUGUUGUUGCGCACACACACUAUAUUUAUAUAUCACAUAGAUUACCUCAUCCAUUUUUCAUGUAAUUCUGCAUCUGUUUAUUAGAACAAUUUAGUGACUCCUCCCACUAGCCAUGCUGUCUAUAUUUCCUUUUUGCUGUGCCGAUUUAACAUGUUAAUUAAGACCUUUAAUAUGCACAUCUAAUAAUGCUAAAACACUGUUUUUGUUUACGCAGCCUGCACCAGCAUGGACUACAUUCAGAGUGGGACUCUUUUGUGGGAUAUUUAUUGUUCUGAAUAUGGCUGUUAUUAUUGCAGGUGAGUUUUAACUUUGGGUUACAGAAGUCCCCUUUAAACUUUGACAUUUAUUUGCACAAUAUAUUGUUAGAGUAUUUAUGUUAUACCCACCCCUAUACUCUCAGCACAUUAUUGUGUAGGAACAUGUCUAAAGUUGGACAAAUCACUACUUGACCCUGCUGAAAUGUACGUUCUGCAUUAUCAGUGUAGCUACAGAGGGCAUAGGCUGUGACUGUCCCGGUUUUUGACAAACUGCUCCAAAACCGUUUGAACCUCAAGUUGGAAUAUUAUUUGUAGGAUUUUUCUUUUUGAAGACUGUUCUUCAACAGGAAUAUGACUGCCAUUCCAUAUUUCCCAAUAUAAAUGUUACAUUAGAACAAUGCUAUUGACAAUGCAUCCAAACAUAAGAAAGAGGGUCGAGCACUCCAAUUUAUUGGGUAAUGUAAAAGACUAUUAUAUGAGUCGAAAUGUUGCACUUGUAUGUGUGCUGUUACCUAAUAUAUGUAGUGCUUAUUACUGGAAAAUAAUUAUUGGAGUGCUGGACCCUUUUCUUGUGCUUUGAAUUUCUGGUUUUCAUUUUCUUUAGGAUCUGUUAAUGUAUACUGGCUUUUCUUUUUUGAAUUGUACUCUAAGCAUCAAAACCAACUACUGUUUACUGUAGUGGUCUUGGCCUUGGUGCCUAGAUGCAUUUGAUAACGUUUCUCUAUGAGGAAAAUCCUAGUGCAGCAGUUGGGUCCUCAAUGAUUCUGUAUGAAGAAGCAUUUGAUAGACCUGAAGAGGCACUGUCACGCCGAACUUGCCUUUCCCCAAUCCCUUCCUCUUCUUUUCCUCUCUUGGGAUCUAGGGACUACUUUGUGUUAUAUCUUUUUCCUACGCUUGACCAGCUUUGACCUACUUACCGUGGUACUUUUCUCACAAUACUUACCCUUUGCUCGGUGAUCUCACGAUGCUUCCUUUCACUAUUGCCGAACAUCCUGUCAUUUAGACAAGUCUCCUGUGAAACUACCGAAUUUCAUCCUAAUAGCAUGCGUAUAUUUUGUUCAAUCGUGUUAGGACACCUUUCAGUAAUUUCUGUUCGGAUCGGCAUUUCAUGUGCAUGAAUGAAAUACCGAUCCUAUUUAUGUCACGGCUGCAUCUUGCAGCCACUUGGUAAAUAGCUUCCUAAUUUGCAUGGUAUUGGGGAGCUUAUACUUCCUAUUACUAUUUUUUUAGUUCAAAUAUAUGUAACCUUCUUGGAUUUGGCUAUUCCUUUAAAAUGUGACAUAAAUCCCUAAUUAAUUUAUUCAUUUUUCUUUUAAAAGUAACUCCAUUUGUAAAAAAAAAAAAAAGCACACCUCCCCUGUUCUUUUAUCCUAAUGGACUUCCUUCUUUUCAAGGUGCUAUCAAGCUUCCAGGUACGGAUGUGUGGCCCUUAGUGAGGAUUUACAGGGGUGGUUUUCUGCUGGUGGAGUUUCUCUUUCUCUUGGGAAUCAAUACAUAUGGCUGGAGGCAAGCUGGUGUCAAUCACGUCCUCAUCUUUGAGCUCAAUCCCCGAAACAACCUCUCCCAUCAGCAUCUCUUUGAGGUAAGACCUCCUUCCCGUUCCAUCCUUAUACUUUAAAUGGGUGAGAGACAGCGCAUUACACUGUUUUGUCUUGUGCACAGAAAUAUCUCACUUUUAUCAUUAAAUAAAAAUUUUUGGUAAUCAGAGGUAACCAAAAAGGAGAUUACCAAAAUAAAUGAAAGGCCAAUGUGUGCAGAUUUAAGGAUAUAUAAAGGUAUUAGAUUCUAUGAUAAAGUGUGCUCCUGUCUUAAUAAACAUCUGUACAUCUAUCUUGCCUAGACACCUCAAAGCAUUUUUAUUUAUUUUUUGCCCAGUUCAGAGAAAGCUGUAGUUGAGGAACACAUUAAUAUUGGUGCAUAUUUGGCUUACUAAUGGUUUGCUUUUAUACGUUUAUUUCUAAGCUAAUUGGUGAGUCUUUACAUAUAAUUUGUGAUGUCACUGAUAUUCAGCCUAUCCACUAUUUAGCCCCUUUAUUAGAAUGUGUGUGUGAAUUUCUCUCGAUAUUUGUGUGUAUAUUAUUUAUUUUAGAGAUAUUUAAAGAGUACAGCACACUCUAUUUAUGACUAAUUUGAAAUAUUUUAUAUAUACAUACAAAAACAUGAAAGCUUCAUAACAUUUCGUAAGCCUGCCACAACAUCAGUGUUUCCUAUGUUUUUUUAUAUUAAUCCACCUGCUUUGGAUAUUAACCCUUCACGGCUGUAUGCAGUGCCAAGUUUAAAUCUGGCCCUGCAGUAAAGCAUCCUUACAGAGAAGGGUGCAAACAAUAGUUUGGUUAGACUCCAAUAAAUUAUAUACAACAAAAAGAUUGCACGCACCUAAAAAUUCACGUUUUAUACGGGUGCUGAUGGCAGCCCAGGUGAAUGGAUAUCUAAUGUAAGUUUGUUAAUUUCAUGAGUGCAGGCAUUAGGUUGUUGGAAAAAGACUUGAUAAAAAUGUGGUAGACGGACGUUGUGAAAGAUUUAUGAAAUGUUUUAAUAUAUUGAAAGGCGUCUUUAUUAUUUGUGUGUUUUUACUCAUGUUUUGGUCUUUAAAGUCAGUCUGAAAUAUUGUUACGUUGGUCCAGCAGCACCCUUCCAGGCUAUGCUCAUACAGGAGAGUGCAACCGUUUCUAUUCUGUAUACGUGUAUUGCUGUCUGUAUAUCGUGUGUGUGUGUGUGUUAUAUAUACAUACAUUCUGUGUCUACCAAGUGUUAACUGAGUAGAAUGUGCUUGUACCUGAAUAUUCAUGAGCUCCUCUGUAUACAGUCAUCCUUCCUGUGCAAUCAGUGCACUGUAGCAUGCUCAAAUCUCUCCUAUCUUAGAGACUCGCAUAUUGUCUUUCACAGCUUCCAAGAAAUAUAUAUCCAAUGCCUGCCAGCAGUUCAUCUACUACAGUUUUAUUCCUUGGUAUCCUGGUUUUAUCUAUUAACUAUACUGUACUGUGAUGCAUAUUAAAUACAGUACCCAAUUCACUAAUAUCUGGCAUGACAACGGUGGAUAUACAUCCUUAUUUACACUUAAAUGCCUGUUAAUUAUCAUUUUCUUUGUUCUGGUUUGGACUUUGUAUGUCAUCCUACCAAACUAGACCCUAACAUGUAAUCUCUGUCAUUUCUGUAAUUGGUUCAUUCGUAGAUACAAAGAAAUAAAAUAGCAUUCAAUAAACUCUAUUUGCAGUUAAUCUGUAUAAUGCUCUUUGUGUGUGUGUGUGUGUGUGUGUACAUAGCAAUACACUCUUGAGUAUUGCAACCAAGCCUUCUUAAACUGCCUUGUUCUCCCAUGCUGUAAUCUGUAGCAUAUCCCAAAAUUGAUGCAUUUAAUAUUGCUAUAAUCAUACAAACCUUAAACCAAUAUAUCUUCUGCUUCAUAUCUGCAGAACCCCGUAUUUAGGAAAUAUGCCUGUAGAAAGUUUUAUUGAUGACCCAAAGCCUGAUAACACCAAAUGUCCUCCUCAUGCUUUUUAUAAAACUAUGAGAAAUUGGCGUCUUAGAUAUUUAAGUAGCACCGUAUGCAGAGAUUUUUCAAUUUGAUUGCGUGUGAAGGCACAGUCAUCUUGUUCUGGCGGCUCCUCUCGCAAGAGUACCACAUUGAGGUCUAUCCUACGGUCUCGCUGGAUCGUCCUUAGACAAAGCCAAUUCCCUGCAGCCGUCACUGGCAACGGAUGUCGGGAUUGACACUAUAGCUCUGCCCAGAGUCUAAGAAAGUCAGGCGGAGGAAAUAUACUGAGACAAAGUAAGGAUUACUUUGUCUCUGCAUAUCUCUUGACUGGCUAGGAAUUUCAGUGAAAUUCCAACAAAGUCAAAAUGAUUUUCAUCUUCAUGAGAUACUAAUUUCUCAGGGGGGUUACUGUGCCACUUUUAAGGGAGUUUGUUUCAGUGCCGCAAAAGCAUUUGUCAUGAUGCACGUUCUGUGUGGCUGACAGAUUAUAGGAUACCUGUAAAUGUUCUUUCCAGAUGUAUACAUACACAUUAACUUGUCUUUCUGUUGAUUGAUCGAUGCAUUACUGAACAUAUUAAAGGAAGUGUUAUAUAAACAGUAAUGUACAUGUUCUGUUUAUUAUUUGCCAUCAUUCAGAUUGCAGGCUUCCUUGGCAUGCUCUGGUGCCUCAGCCUCCUGUCCUGUAUCUUUGGAUCACAAUUCUAUGUGUACAUGCAAGUGAACCCUCUCCUACUCUAUGGCUUCAUGUUGCUGUUCCUUGUCAAUCCCACUAAGACCUUCUAUUACAAGUCUCGAUUCUGGCUUCUUAAACUGUUGGUAAGUGUCCUUCCUUCACAGAUUGUUAUGCUUUACUUCCCGUUACAGGGCAUUAUACAUGUUCCAUUAUGCUCCCAUCCUCGUUAACUCUGUAAGGACAGAGCUAAUUGUCCACAUUCUAAACCAAAACAAACCUUUAAUUUUAGCUAUAGCUUUGUUCCACCAUAAUUUAAGUGUUUCUCUUCAAGUGCACCCAUACUUAGUAUAUAUCGUUCGUUAAAGGAAGAAAUUGCUUUAAUUUAAUGAGACCUACAUAUAUAGCUUCUCUUUUAUAAUUUGAAUGCCUUUUUAAAAAGCUGUUUGCAGCAGAGAAUUUCAGUGGUGCAAAUAGCUCAUAAAAAAGAUGUGGGCCACUAAAAAUUUCCACGGCUGACAGAGGGAAGCCCCAGGUAUCCAAUGAUACCUGAGACUUCCUUCUGUGAACGGGGUUUUAGCCCUGCUCACACCAGAUAUGCAGGGCGUUCUAUGCUGCCCUACAGGCUUUAAGCCCUUAAGGACCAAACUUCUGGAAUAAAAGGGAAUCUUGACAUGUCACACAUGUCAUGUGUCCUUAAGGGGUUAAAGAUCACUUUACGUAGGGCAGCCUAACGGUGUUAAGGGGUUAACUUAGAUCAGGGCUGUCCAACCUGCGGCCCCCUAGAUGUUGCUGAACUACAACUCCUAUGAUUCCCUGGCUAUCUGUUUCAUUGAAAGAAUCAUGGGAGUUGUAUUUCGGCGACAUCUGGGGGGAGAGGGGAGGGUAGCUUGGACAGGCCUGACUUAGAUGGUACUUACCUGAAUGUUCUAAUAUCUCGAGAAUUAAACUCGCGUUUAACACCCAGUGCUGCCCCCAUCAUAACAUUGGAGGUACAGAUGAUAAAUACAGUAUCACUGUGCUCUUCAGCCAAUCAAUAGAGCACACCUAAGCAGCCGUUUUCAGUAGGUCAAUCCAACCUGUCAAAACAGAUGCUUGUUUUAUAUGAGAAGUGUACAUGACCUAGUUAAUGUCGCUUAUCUAUGAUCUAUGCUAACUAGGGUCUCACUGCCAUAGCUAAUUUUUUGCAAUUGAGUUUUAUGCUAAAUAAUAUAUAUAUUUAAAGGACCAUUAUAGGCACCCAGACCACUUCAGCUUAAUGAAGUGGUCUGGGUGCCAGGUCCACCUAGGAUUAACUCUUUCUGCUGUACACAUAGCAGUUUCAGAGAAACUGCUAUGUUUACCUAUGGGUUAGUCCAGACUCUAGUGGCUGUCUCAUUGACAGCCGCUAGAGGCGCUUCCGCGCUUCUCACAGUGAAAAGACGCCAGCGUCCAUAGAGACUGGCUGAAUGCGCGCACGGCCAAUGACGGGGAAAGGAGGAGGAGAGUCUCCAGCACCGAGGGAGUGUUUAACCCCUUAGUUUCCAUCCAGCCCGGUGGGAGUGGGACCCUGAGGGUGGGGGCACCCUCAGGGCUCUAUAGUGCCAGGAAAACGAGUGUUUUCCUGGCACUAUAGUGGUCCUUUAAUAUACAUUUAGAAUAAUAUAUGUAUAUAUUUUUUUCUUAAUCUUUGCAUCUCCUAAAGUUUCUCUUUGCUCCACUCAUCACUUUUACUAUAUUACUGUUUUGUUGGUAAUUUUUGGGAAUUACACCAGAGUGUGAAGCGACUUUUUACACCUUUUCUGCUUAAGCACCCAGAUUGUAUUUCAUUUUCCUAAAGUAGCCAGAGUUUCAAAAGACAAAAAAAACCCACAAAGAUAGAUAUAUAUGUGUGUGUGUGUAUAUAUAUAUAUAUAUAUAUAUAUAUAUAUAUAUAUAUAUAUAUAUAUAUAUAUAUCCUCUGCAUUCUUUCUAAUGUGAGUCUUCCUCCCGUGACCCUCUCCCUUUUGUUUCCAUAUAGUUUCGUGUAUUCACUGCACCCUUCCACAAGGUGGGCUUUGCAGAUUUCUGGCUGGCCGAUCAACUCAAUAGUCUGGCUGUAAUCCUCAUGGAUCUGGAGUUUAUGAUCUGCUACUACAGUUUAGAGCUUGAUUGGAAUUCACCUACUGGAUUGCUCAAAAAAGGUAUCCAGACCAGUGCCUUUCUACUCUCAUGGAAUCCAUAUUAACUGCAUGCCUUAAAUUAUAACACUAGUCGCAAUACUAAAAAAUACUAUGGGUACACAUCCUGCGUUUAUUGUGUACUUGUUAUGUAGAUAUGACUUUAUUAUGUUCAAUUUUAUUCUUUAAAGACAGAUACUUAUAGAUAUUUCCGCUAAUUAUUGUAUUUUCCAAACUACCAACAAAAAUAAAGAUGAAAUAUAUGUGAAGAUGAUUUAAGCUUUCACAUGUAUGGCGAUAUAUAUAUAUAUAUAUAUAUAUCCUGUUAUUUAGACAACAUCCUGUUAUUUAGACCCUGAAGAAAGUCCCGAACAGCCACUUUUUGCUAUUUGUGUCUAUUGGAGCUCUGGCGUAUCUACCCGGCGUUGGGAACAAGUAAGCGUGAGUGCAGGGGUUCCUCUAUUUUUUUUUAUAUAUAUAUAUAUAUAUAUAUAUAUAUAUAUAUAUAUAUAUUUAUUUCCGUUGGGUGUUUGCGGAUCGCUCCUGUGAGCCUGGAAUCUGGCUAAUACCUUUUCAUGCAAUGAUGUGUUUAUUGAGCUUCGUUAGCAGUUCUGAUCCCAACCACAAUCUAAGUUUAAAAAAUAGGUUACCAUGUUUCCACAUAGUGUGAGGUUAUGUAUUUUUGUAGUUGUUUCACUGGCAUCUCUAUUUCUUAAAGAUACCGGCAUAUGCAACACAUAUACAUAUGGAGUACGUGCUGUGGUUCAGUGUAUUCCUGCCUGGCUCAGGUUUAUCCAGUGCCUGCGACGAUACCGUGACACCAAGAGAGCCUUUCCUCAUCUGGUCAAUGCUGGCAAAUACUCCACUACCUUCUUUAUGGUCACGUUUGCUGCUCUUUACACCACUCAUAAAGGUAAGUGUUUUUCAUGUUUGGCACAGAUAGAAGGUACAGACAAGUACUUCAGCUGGCAGGUAGGUUCCUCCUUUGCAAGGAAAGGACUCCACCAGUCUGGAGCCUCUUCUUCUAGUAUUAUUAUUAUUAUUAUUAUUAUUAUUAUUACUGUAAUUUUGAAAGCACCAACAUAUUCCGCAGCGCUGUACAAUUUGGAAAAAGACUAUACAAUAAGAACUGACCGAUACAACAGGUAAAGGGCCCUGCCCGAGCGCUUACAAUCUAAAGGUUUAACUGGGGAGAUGAGACAAAAGGUAGCAGAGGAAUUUGUAUGUGAUGGCAGAGAGUUUUCUUAGUAUAACUGCAGCAGCUGAUAGCAUGUGAAGAUAAUAAGGAGGUGAUUGGCUGUGGUUCCAAACAGCUGGAAGAGCAUGCUAUAUAGGUAGAAGGAACCAGAGUGGGCGGGAGGAGGGGCAGGGAGGUGGGUUGAGCCGAGUAAAUUAAAUGGGCUUGUUGCCAGGACGGAUGUAAAGAGUAGAGAAGCGUUAUUUAAAGGAAUUUAUGGCUAGUAGUGGUGGGGGGGAUGGUUGAGCAGACUAGCCAUUUGUCUCAUGCAAUUACAAUAUUUGACCAAAACAAAUACUAUCAGCCAAAUUAUUAAUAAUUAAAUGUUACUGCAAGUACAAAAUUAUGCAGUAGUCAACUACAGGUACAACUAGUAACAUUGUUAUAGUAAAUUAAUAAUGUAGUAACUAAGAGGAAGGAAAUCUGGUAGAAUAACUUCUGAUUCUCAGUCUGUAGUAUAUUUGUUUAUUAAUUGCUACACAAUCCUCUGUUCAUCCUAUGUGAUGAGUGGACCUGAUGAAUGAAUUCAUCUAUGUCCUUUUUUAGUAUCCUGGACCAUUUCUGUAUUACCUUUUUGCAUAUUGUUUAAUAAAUACAAAUAAUUUUUUUCCCUUUUUUUGUGUCCAGAAGUUUUGUCGUUAUCCACACACUUAGUGGCAUAAUAUAUUAUUGCUUUUGUGACAUUCGUCCAUCCAAUAUACUAAUUACCUCUUAUAGAUCUUCAAAACAGUAGUGUAUUAAAUUAAGCACUUAAAAUAAAGUGAAUAUCGGCUUUAAAACACUUUUGUUUGGGAAUACCGCUAUACCCACACACGAGUUGAAAUACAAUUGUGGUAAAAGUGAUUCAGAAAGGAUCGCUAAAAACGUGUAUGCAAUUUUGUUACCCUUUUUAAAAUUAUGUAAUAUCACAGAUACACUCCAAAUACAGAAAUGGAAAAAAUAUAUAGUGCAGAUGGUAAUGUACAUAAACCUUAAAAUAGAGUUUAAUAGGGUCAGAACCUGUAACUACUGGCUCAUUAAACAGCACGUCUGUGCCUUUUAAGGUACCAUGCCACCUCCCAUCGAAUGACUUUCCAAAUGUGAGCAUAGGGAAAGAAAGCGAGUAGACUCUAGUUGUACAGUAUAUACUAAACCUGCAUAUGUAAAAAUUGGCUUAAGUCUCUUAAGCUCACUUUACUCAGAUCCCACAAACCCUGGCUCUGGAGUUGAAUACAUGUUGCCAAGUUGGGGCCUGGCAUAAACCCUAACAGGACCACCACUGGAACUGGAAACCACUUUUAAAACAAAAAUUUAAUUAAAAACCAGAGUCAUGGGGGUGGGGCCUGACUGCCAUGGCAGAGAAUCGCAUCUUGCUUGAGCUCCUGUCCUACUCUAGCAAUACAAGCUGUUUUUCGCUACAUCAAGCACAAAAUAUCACUCUCCCAACGACUCACCUCCUUCCCGACCUGACUGCAGCACACUGCGGAGGUUGGAAACGUGACAAACUCCCCGGCAGCACAAUCUGAAUAAUGCGGCUUAGAGUGCAACGGACGAAAGAGGCGGUCAAUCUCCCAGGCCGGAGUGGUUCAACAGCUUUAAUCACUAUGCAAGUGCCAUGUAACCCCAUCCCCCCAGACCAGCGGGGGUGAUCCCGGUCCAACCCUGGGAGGAUCACCUGCACUACUGGGCACAGGGUGAGAGACCACAGAGAAAGCAGGGAAAUCAAGUGAGCCACCCAGCAUGGCGGACGCCACGUGGCACCAAGACCCUGUCGAUGGACAAAGCGUCCUAACGACCAGACUCUAUAGAAUCUUUGACAUAUUCUGGCAGGACCUGGAGAAAAGGAGGCAUCACACCACCUCUGAGCAGCAGAUAGCACACUCACCAUCACAGCAGGUCGUGCGCCCACAGCAGACACCCGCAAGACAAACAGACUUGCCGACACAAGCAACGCCAUACCGGUGUCCACCUAAAUGGUGGGAAAACAAGACACCCAGACCGCGACGACGGAUCAAGUCGCAACUGACCGUGCACCGCUCCACACCUUCUGAACUGGACACCGACGCGGCUCCAAAAGUGAGGAAGCUCAGUCAAGCACACCAGCCUGGGAGAUGGCACGACUGCUUGCCGCCCUCGCUCCGGACUGCGGCCUUCUCCACAACAGACCCCUCAAGGCUCCUCUCACCCUAGGGAGCACAACACUCAGCGUGUCAGCAGACUCACAAAGAAGGCCCGAGCUGUACCAACGACCCAACACGGGACUUAUGAUUUCAAUGACCUGGGGGGCAGUAAAGAUUGGGGUUGGUGGGGGGGAGUACCUUGCAGAAUUUGAGCCACAAGCAUAGAUACGGAGUGGGAUGAGCCACCCGACUCCAAGCAAUGCCUUAGCAAAUGCAAGCCUCUUAUCUCCCACACAAUAGGGAUAAAAUCUCACUGGUAUCUACUCAUGUCAUUCACCUUGUCCUCCUAACAUUAGCAUGUUUCACAAUCUAUUUUACACCCAUACUUACCAUGUCUGAUACAGCAUAACUCAACAUUUCCCUCUUACUAUAUAGCCUAGACAUGAUCGGUUUCACCUGGACUCUGUACUAUACUAUAAAAAACAAAUGUACUGCAUACUCAAAUGCCAUAUAAAUCUUACACUUUGUCUAUUUGCUUGUUUGACAUUGCUGUUGGGGCAUUGAAAGAAUGUCUGUAAAUCAUAUGCAAGCAAAAAUAAAGAAUAUUAAAAAAAAACAAAAACAAAAAGUCCAUGUAGUGGAUGCCAAAACGCGUUUCGCCUGGUUGAGCCUCCUAAUUCGGGUGAUAUGCAGUUCCAGAAGUUAUCCAUUUUUAAAUGUUGGUGCCGGGUCUCACCUUGCGGCCAAUCUCUUCCCUUGUUACAGAAUCCCAACCUUCGCCUCUGUUGUAGUCCUAUGUAUUAAAGAUCCUAUUGAUUGUGAUUUCAGGAUUACUUUGGUGUUAUAGGUCUUUUGUUUUGUUAAAUUUCAAGGGUUAUCCCCUAUCGUAGAGCAUCUGAGCUAGCUCUCUUUUUGACCCAUUGGUUCAUCGUUUUGCAUACGGACUAUAAAUGAAUAAUGGCCGUACCGAGGCUACGGUCAGCCUAUUCACAGCCCAGUUCAUAGUUUUGUGAGCAUGUGUGUACAGCAAUAUGACUGGCCAGCAAACUUUAGACUAGAACUGUAGAAGGCGUCAGGGCCGGUGCGUUCAUAAGGCGUGGGCCAUGACUUCCACUGCUCUUCUCUCAGACUCUGCUGGGGAGUCUGGGAAAAAAAUAAUGGAAGUCAUGCCCCCGUCUCCUGACAUCAUCAGGAGAGGCUGACUGACUGAUGUCCCUGGCUGCAGGCUCCAGCUCCUGUCUCACCUGACCACCAGGGAAAAGGUUUCCCCUCCCUGGUCCAAGGUAAGACUCAGGGAGGGGAGGUGGGGGUUGAAUACAUUUUUUUUAACUUUAAAACUUUCCCUAUCCCCCCCACCACAGCCCAUUCCUCCUCCCUCUCCUCCCCUCCACCGCUGCCCAUUUCCUCCCCCCCUCCACCACUACCCAUUUCCUUCCCCCCUCCACCACUGCCCAUUUCCUCCCCCCCUCCACCACUGCCCAUUUCCUCCCCCCACCACUGCCCAUUUCCUCCCCUCAACCCCAACACAGCCCUUGCCCCCACCACCACCAACACAGCCCCUGCACCCCACUUCUACUCCUUUGACAUCGCAGAGUCCUUUUUGUUUCCUCAAAUCACAUAAUUUAUAAGACCUGCUGCUCGAUGCUCUGUGCACCAUAAACUGCAGUGAUGCAUAGUUUCUGUGGGUCUUAAAAUAACCGCUUCUGCUUAUUUUGGAGACAGUGGUGUUAAAAGUUGAGCACCCAGUAAUUUCUGAAAUGCAUUUUGUGUGCUCAUUUUUUCUAUGAUGGAUGAAUACCCCUCCCCACAACUGUUGACUUAUCAUUCUCUGUUGCGCACUAUACUCUUCUCUAGAGCUAUUAUUUAUUGCACUAAAUAUGGAAAUACAUAUCCGCUGUUGAAGGCAAUAUAUUUUUUAUUCUGCUGUAUGAUCUGAACAAUUUAAUCAUUGUAUAACCAUUCUCUGCACGCUUCUCCAGAAGAAAAUUGUUAUAUUUGAUAUGUUAUCCCUGUAAUAUCUUUUGCUACAGUUAUUGCAGCGUCUCAUAACCUUGUUUCUGCUACCAAUCCUUAUAUAUUUUAAUUCACUUGGCGAGAUAUGGGGAUGAUUGCUGCUUUUUUUUAAAUGCUACUAUAUGAUCGGUAACAGAGUAAGGUAGAUUUUUAUCUAAAGUGAUGGUAUUUUUAGGACUACAAGGGUUGUACAGGUUAAUUUUAAAUAAAUAAGAAUCAAUUUUAUUUUUCAUGAAGACUAAUAUAUAUUUAUAUGUAUGUGUUUGCAUAUAUUAAAUAUUCUGUGAGUGUAUAUGUAAUAUAAUUUUAAUAUCUAGUGCUACACCUAUUUAUCAUAAUACAGACAAAUAUCUAGCGCUUCUAAAGGCAAAUUAUGAGCGGUUACUAAUGUGUAAAUCCUACCACGGGAUAUAAUGCAUGGCCAUACGGAUAUUUUUCUAAAGUUAAAUGGUCUGCCUGAGCUUCUCUGUCACCUGGAUGAAGCAUUUCACAGGUGAAGGAAGAGAUAACUAGAUAAGUUGUGGAAAAUCUAACCCUAUCUUUCUACUCCCUUGUGUAGCCAUGAUGUGCCAGUAGAAGUAUGCUCAUUAAGUACCUCCAAUGGGUAAUGGUGGAAUGAUGUGUGCUGUGUCUUUGAGACCUGUAGAUAUGUGAGUGUGAUGUCUGUACAAGAUACCAAUGAAAACAAAAUGGGGCCAAUAAGAAGCAUGGAAAACCUGUUCUAGGGAAUCGUAUAAUGGCCAUUUAUUUUCUAAAGGUAAAGCUGGAGAUUGGGAGUUGGAGACAGGGUAGAAAACCACGAGAAGGACAAAGGGGGUUGAAGCAGCACUGUCGUGACAAAUUUACAUUUCUACUAUUGUUUCCUCUUUUCUUCUGGUCUCAGAAUCUGUUCUUUUCUUCACUUCUGAUCUAGUUUUCUUUAAAACCUUUUGUAUUUUUCAUAAGCUUGACUUUCUUUGACCCAAGGAGGGGCUUAAGUCAGCUCAAUUUCCUGUGUCAAGGAGGAGGGUGAGUACUUCCUCUGAUACAGGAAAUGUACUUAAAUUAAUCUCCUCCUUUAGUCAAAGAAAGUCAUGCGUAGGAAUAAUACAUAUGACAAAGUAGUCUUUACUUUAUCUUAUGUUUUAAAGAAAACUAUGUCAGAUAUGAAGAAAAGAACCAAUUCUGCAAGAGGAAGCGAUAGGAGAAAGAUAUGUUCAGCAUGACCGUGAAGGUGUGGGAUUGCCAUCAGAUGGACUGUAACAGCCCUCAUGUAGUAAGACUGUGCAUGAUGCAUUUUGUAACAGAAUUGCAUUUAAGAAUCCUUGCAAACCUCAUUGUUUGUGGACAUGUCUUACUUUCCUCCCCAUUGGUGUUUUAGCUGAAAGCCAUAUACUGCUGAUUGAAUGAUCCAGCAGCACAGCCCGAGUGGAACAUUGUGCAGGGUCUGCCUUCACAUGGGUAGAAUAGAAAUACACGUCUAGUUUGCCCAUUUCUUAUAGUUAAACUCAUGAUUUCAUGCAGUACCAACAUGAGGGUUAAUGGGGCUGUAGAGGCUUUUUUUUUUUUUUUUAAAUGAAAUGGCAUGAAGAUAUAUAUUCACCUACGUUCACGUAUUAAUAUACUAGUUUGAACAAGUUAGACACUCAGCACCAUAACCACUACAGUUUAAUGCUGCCUCAACUUAUAAUUGCUGACCAUGUUUGAACAGAUUUGUAUAGAUAAUGCAGAAAUGAAACGAACACAUGUACAGCGCUACAGAAUUUGCUGGCGCUAUAUAAAAAAGUAAUCUGCGCAGAAGCAAAGGGUCUGGCUUUUUGUGCCCAGAGAGCCUGUUUUUUUUUGUUUGUUUUUUUGUCAAAGUGCACAAAUUGUCUGGUUAAAAAAAACAAAAAAACAGAGGGACUGCACCCAUAGCCUAUCUGCACCAUAUCCACUACAGUAUUUGUGUUUAGUGUGUUUUAAUGUGGAGAGAUUUUACUGCCCUCUAGUGUUAUAUCAUUGGAAAUGAAAACAAUGUACCUCCUUUCAUAGUCAGCAUUAAAUAUAUAAAGGGGCAUAUGCUUUUGUGUACAGCAGGAGUGGGCAAACUAAAGCAUUAUUGCAGUUGCAGUUCCGCAACAUCUGGGGAUCUACCUUUUGGCCAGCCCUGGUGUACAGGUUGAGUACUCGCACACUUAAGUAUAUUAUUUUCUGUGAAAGCAGUGGAGUUGUGUAAGAGUCUUAUUUAUUUAAAUAUAGUAAAGUUCAAGACCGCAAACAUUACCCCAGGGUUAUCCAUAUAGCCUCAGAGAUUGUAAGCUUGACUCAACAAGACCUUCUUCACCCAUUAUGUUCUGUAUGUAAACUACUUGUCAAAUAUUCACAUUCUGUAAUUGUAAGGAUAGGUGAACUAGGUGGAUUACACUACCACCACAAGAAUCACUCAGUGGAGCGCUAAAGGGAAAUGUCUUACCCCUAUUUGGUAUUGGGGAAGUCAGGUGACACUUUUUGCCGUUGUAGAAAUAUAAGAGACAAUGUUGUCUAAAAUGAGAGAAUUCGACAUAUAAUGGUGCAGCAUGCCAGUGGAAUCUGGGUAUAGUGCAGAGGGGGUAUAUAUAUCCAACUCACAUGAUAGCCUAGGAAUCGGCUCGAAUCUCAACCACUUGGGUAUAUAUGGUUAUACCAAACCCUUCUCCAGAUCCAAAGCUCACAAAUGUUUAGAUAUAUGGAGACAAAAAGUAGAAUGUCCUAGUGCAAAUAUGUUUAAAUGAAGACAGUGAUGAAGGUGAUAGUGCUUAAAAUUGCUCACCUGGGAUAGAGCCAGUUAUACAAGGCUCUAUGUAUAAAAGCACCUCUGCCUUUAAGGGAGGCAAUGCCCUUCUUUGUAUAUAGAUGCAGGAAGCGUAUGGAAGAUCCACUGGAUAGAUGCAUCAAAUAAAAUAACAAUUUAUUAGGUAUUAUAAAAAAGAAAAACUACAAUGAGUGAAAAUACCAUAUAUUAAAAUCAAUAAGGUGGUGUUCCUUGAUUUUAAAGGUGACAUCUUUACAUUCAGGUGACAUCACAAAGAUCAGGGUAAAUUAUUAUACAGUGCAGGGUAUUACAUUCAGUUUUGUCCCAGAGUUUGAUGCUUUUUUCGUCUGACUGUGCAAUCUACUCUUACUUAACCAUUUAUUCGCUGGAAAUAAACACAUACAGGAAUUUCCAAAAUUCUUUAAUUACAGAGAGCCAGGAUCAAUUUCCUUGGUCUUUGGGAUCUCUGAAAUAUCACUGGAGGUACACAUUUUGUCCACUUCUUUGGAAACAACUGCUUGUUAAAGGAAUACUCCAAACAAGUGCCCUGGUACCCUUACAGAGUAAAAGUGUAGCCCUUUAUGGACAAUUUUAUAACUUACCUGGAUAACUUGCUUAUUGACAUGUGCUAAUUGCUGCUUCUCUGGUUCCAGAAGCUUCGGUCACUGAGGUAAGCCUGGCUGUGCAGGACCACUCUCAUUGGUGCUCUCUGCCAAUGUCACACACAAUCACGUCUUGGCUCAGUGGAGCUACUGAAAGCUCCUAGCAGGAAAUUUCAGUACCAGGGGAGGCAGCAACAAGCACCCGGCAAAUGGUGUGACCGCUUAGUGUGGGAGGGUACAAGGGUACUCCUGGCAACAAAACUACUGCAGUGUGUACUUGUGGGUCUUGGAAUGUUCCUUUAAAACCUAUACUUAAGGGGGGCGUGGUUUGCAGGCGAGCAAGAUGGACGUGUCCAUGUAAAGCUCUGCUGCAGCCACGGUGCCAACUGCUAACAAAAGCCGAGAUACAUUCGCAAAAACUACCUGCAGCGGUGGGGGACCCAUGAUGGAUAAGAGGGCCCCGAGGAAACAGGGGAAAAAGGUGAUGGAAACAGGUAAGACCAGGCACAAGUUACACAGGUUCUGUGUUUUCUUCUUCAUUUUAACCUUAUUUUCCUUUCCUGUUUCUUGCUUCUUUCUCAGUUCUAACCCUUUAUUAUUUCCCUUGGGAGGGGGAACAGGUGAGGGCGUAUCUGCCGGCGAGCUCUGUCUGGAUAGUCGGGGGCCGGGCCCCCAUGGUACCGAGAUGGGACGUGAGGUGCAGUCUCCUUACCGGCCCAUUAGUGGGCUGCUGGGAGGCAAUGGCUUGCCUUCCUUUAGGAAAAUAUGCCUUUAAAAGUGUUGUCAUUGAAUGUUAAGGGCUUGAACGCUCCGAGUAAACGCCGCCUUAUGUUCAGGGAACUCAAACGCAUGAGCCCAGAUAUUGCCUUCCUGCAGGAGACGCACCUCUCCGCAUCGGCUAAAUUCGCCCUGAAGGAUCACACAUUCAGGACAGUCCAUGAGGCUAGGGCUUUAAAUAAACGGAAUGAAGUUGCUGUAGCUAUACACCACAGGUGCCCGCUUCGGGUGGAAAAAGUGGUAGCCGACCCAGGUGGCCGUUUCGUUCUGGUUUCAGGGAGAUUAUACUCCCACUCAGUGCAUUUCCUCAACAUCUAUGCCCCAAACGACCCCUCUGUUGAUUUUUGGGAUGGAAUAGCGCAGAUGGUGAACACUCUGACACACGGCAUGACGGUGGUGGGGGGAGACCUGAACGCCACCCCGUGUCCCGCGGUUGAUAGGGGUCCUGGCGACGGGUUGCCGCGGUCUCACGGGAGGGGUAGUCAGGAUAAAAUACUACGCACUUUUAUGCAUAGUACAGGCCUGGUCGAUAUCUGGAGAGCACAUCACCCAGACGACCGUGACUAUACUUUUUAUUCAGCACCCCACGAUACAUAUUCAAGGAUAGACUUAUUCUUGGUGAAUCCCCACACGGUCCCCAAGGUUUCGAAAACUUCAGUAGGUUCGAUCACUUGGUCGGACCAUGCUGAAAUCACGAUGACUCUGCAUAAAUUAUGUAUGGCAUCUCCGUGGACCUGGAAAUUGAACACCUCUCUGCUUCAAGAUCCAGCCGUGGUGGAGACCACGCGUAAGGAACUGAAUGAGUACUUCACUAGGAAUGCGGACUCCGGUCCCCGGCCGGCUACGGUGUGGGCCGCUCACAAGACGGUUAUCCGGGGUAUACUGAUCCGCGAAGCCACGCUUAAAAAAAAAAGUAAAACGCAAUUAUUAACAUCUCUCCUGGAGGCCCUGGGGAAAGCGGAAGAAAAACAUAAAGCGGUCUCAUCGCCUAUCACUUUGCAGGAAGUAAGGAAAUUGCGGGCUUCGGUCCGCGAAACGCUCCUAGACGAGACUGCCAGAGCUAUAGUCUGGUCCAAGAGGACUUACUAUGAAAAAUCAAACAAAAUGGAUACCUUGUUGGCCAGAUCUCUUCGCCCGAGACAGAAUCACUCCCAUAUUACAAGAAUCAAAGACGCUUCGGGUAAGUAUUGCACAGAUCCUACUGAUAUAGCUAAGGUUUUUACGUUUUACUAUGCCAAAUUAUAUAAUCAUUCCAGCGGGGCUACAAGCAUCCAGAGGAGUGACACUGACCGUACGCGGGCAUUUAUAUCACAAUUGAAGCUACCUACGUUGCGGGGAGAGGACUCAGCUGCCCUCGGAGAGAGGAUUACAGCCGAGGAGAUUGACGCUGCAAUAUCCGCUUUAAAAGGUAACAAAGCUCCGGGCCCAGAUGGCUUCGAAGGCAGCUAUUAUAAGAUAUUUCGAGAGGAACUUACACCCCACUUGGAAAAGUGGUUUAAUGACCUUAUGGAGGGAGGAACGCCAGAUAGGGACAUGUCAAUAGCAGAUAUCGUGCUGUUACCAAAACCCGGCAAGGAUGAGACUGUCCCGGAAAACUUUCGCCCGAUCUCUCUGAUAAACCAUGAUUCUAAAAUCCUUGCUAAAAUACUAGCACGCAGACUGAACCCCUUGUUAACACGAUUGAUACACCCUGACCAAGUGGGCUUCGUGCCUGGUAGGCAACUAUUUGAAAAUACUAGAAGCAACAUCGACCUUAUAUGGCGGCAAGCAAAUAGGGGGAUCCCGACUUUGAUACUGUCACUCGACGCGGAGAAGGCCUUCGAUAGGGUAAAGUGGCCUUAUCUAUUCGAGACCCUCCGACAUUUUGGUAUUCCUGACCCCUUUAUAACUACGAUAAAAGUAAUGUACACUGACGUUAGGGCUCGGGUCCGGAUUUCGGGUGCAAAGAUGGAACCUUUCAGUUUGAUGAAUGGGACCAGGCAGGGCUGCCCGCUGUCACCUCUGUUGUUCGCCCUCUCCUUGGAGCCCCUCUUACAAACCAUUAGAAAUAGCUCGGAAAUCAAGGGGAUCGUGAUCCGGGAGCAGCGAUAUGUGGUGUCUGGCUUUGCUGACGACAUCUUGCUGACCCCGACGGAUCCGAUAAAAUCUAUGGAGGCACUGGCGACAGUGUUGGAGGCCUAUAGUGAACUGGCCGGAUAUAGGGUGAACUUAACUAAAUCAAGUGCACUUCCCAUAAGUAUGAGCGACACGGAUAUAGCCCACAUCGGAGACAUCUAUAGGAUUCACAUAGCAAACGAUCAUAUAAAGUAUUUGGGGGUUCGGCUGACAGCGGACCCUGCCCAAUUAUUUCAGCAAAACUAUGUUCCCAUGAUCCGCACCUUGAUAGGAGACAUGGAGAAAUGGAUAGAUAAACCGAUCUCUUGGAUAGGUAGGAUUCACUCAGUGAAAAUGAACAUUCUCCCUAGGAUUUUGUUUCUAUUUCAGGCUCUCCUGGUCCGGCGAUCCAAGUCUGAUCUGGGGGCACUCCAGCAGGCCAUUGGGAAGUUUAUUUGGCAAAACAGGAAACAUAGAGUUUCGCGUAACGUUCUUUACAGGGCAAAAGCGAGGGGGGGCUUGGGUCUACCAAACCUCUAUUUCUACUAUUUAGCGUCCCAACUAACUCAAAUAGCACUUUGGCAUGCUCCUUCGGAAGAGAGGCGGUGGGUCGACCUGGAGGCCACCCUCAUGGGUUCCGAUGUCCCUCAAUUCUUUAUGUGGGUCCCUAGGGACCACAGACCAUCGAUACGCAUCGAAUGCUCAGCUAUUGCAAGUUCUCUGAAAAUCUGGGACGCAACAUCAACCAAAUAUGGUUUAUCCCCCCACCUGUCCCCGUUGGCCCCUUACUUGAGGAAUAGAGCGUUCCCCCCAGGAUUGGAAGCUAGGAACUUUAAGGGCAUAGAGAGCACGGGGGUACAACGACUAUGCCAUCUCUGAGGGGGGUGCUCUUAUAUCUUUCGAUGAAUUGAAGUCCAGAGCUACUUUACGUCCCUCUGAUUUUUUUCGUUACCUCCAUCUAAGGGACUUUGCCCAAAACCCGCAGAUUAAAACAAGCGCCUUAACCCCACUCACGUUUUUUGAAAGAAUGUGCAUUCAAGAACAAUUCCCGAAAGGCCUCAUCACCAACCUAUACGCGCACCUAAGUAUGACCACAUCAGAAUGGGGGGAGCUUCAUUACACGACCCAAUGGGAAAUGGAUCUGAAUGAGGAACUGGAAGGUGUUGAAUGGCAGGAGAUAUGGGAGGCAGCGGCGACCUCAUCUAUUUGUGUCACAUUUCAGGAACAAGACUAUGUUCAGGUGGUACGCUACCCCGGCAAAGCUUUGCUGGAUGAAUAAAAUGGCUACGGAUUUAUGCUGGAGAGGAUGUGGCCAGAAAGGGACGUAUCUACACAUGUGGUGGGCCUGUCCAGAGGCACAAAAAUUCUGGAAACGGGUCGCGGAAUUACUGGGGAAUUUCUUUGGUAGGGUGGUCAAGCCAGACCCCUGGGUGUUCCUUCUGGCCAGGUCGAUGGAGAACUGGUCCAGAUCGGAACAAAAUUUACUACAUAAGGUGACCCUGGCUGCCAGGAGGGCCAUGGCCCAAGUGUGGCUACAGAGAGAGACCCCCCCCUCUGGAAGUGGUGAUACAAAAGAUUAAGGACACAUACAUUAAGGACGAGUUAACUGCCAGGGUCCGUGGCACUAUGAAGAAAUUGGAAAAGAUUUGGAGCCCGUGGGUGGCUAGUGGGGUGGGUGAUUAGGGGAGUGGGGGACGGGCUCGUUCCCUGCGUACCCUGAUGCACCUCUACUGACGCUAGGAUGCAUAGUACACUUUCACUCCCCCUUCUGAAGCGGGACCCUCGGGAUCCCACGAGAUGUCCACGGUCUAUAGUUUUUCGCACAUGCAUGGCGGUCCUCGCUUAAAACUUACCGGCUUGUGGCUAUCCGGCUGCCCAAUCGUGUCGGCAUCAACACCAUUCUCGGAAGAUCACUAUAAUACCCCCCCCCAUCCCUACUCUCUCUUUUUUCUUCUCUUCUACCCUUUCGAUACCUUUCCUUCGGUUAAUCUUCACUUUUCUAAAUUAGUUAAUCCUUUCUUUGUUUUUUCCCACUUAACUGACUGCUGCCCAGUGACCAUAUGGCUAACUGGAGCUAUAUUCGGCGGGGCGGAUUGAGGGUUGAUUAUAGGUAGGCUGUUAGUAAAAUAGUUUUACAUAAAUAUCAACCUUGUACACUAGGUUUCAGUUCAUUGACCUAGCCAAAUUCGUAAUGCAUUCUAGAGGUCACUGUGGAUAGAUAGCGCAAAAUAUCACCAUGUAAUUCACCGUCAGUUAGGAAUCUUUGUUUUAUUUAAUAUAAAAUGGGUGGGAUGCCGCAGUAACCAAACUCUCAUGGACGACAAACAUAUGUUAGAUAUGCUGUAUGUGAUUGGUUGUUAGAUCUUGUAAUAAUGUUUGCUAUUAACCAGUGCUGUGUAUUGUUUGUUGACUGUGAUAUUGUUCAUCUUUGCAUCAUGUUGAAUAUUCUGCUGUGGUAUCUGAUCAUUUCAUAAAUAAUAAAAAAAAAAACAAAAAAAAAACCUAUACUUAAAAAUGUAAUUAAUAUAAUAACUAUCUCUACAAGGAGAUAGUGUUACUUCACAGUGCCCAAAGAGAAGCUGCUGCUCAACACUAAAAGUGGAAUACUCCUUACCCACAAUAAAAAAAAAAAAUAUACAAAAAAAUGAGUAUAAAUAUUAUACCAAACAAGUGGAGCGCUAUAAGCAGUGGAGGUAUUCACUCACCCCUUUAGUACAAUGACAAUCUUGAAUAUUAAAAGACCACUAUAGGCACACAGACCACUUCAGCUUAAUGAGGUGAUCUGGGUGCCAGGUCCAGCAAGGGUUAACCCUUUUUUUUUAUAAACCUAGUUGCAGAGAAACUGCUAUGUUUGUUAGGGUUAAUCCAGCCUCUAGUGGCUGUCUCUUGACAGGCGCUUGCGUGCUUCUCACUGUGAAAAUCACAGUGAGAAGACGCCAGCGUCCAUAGGAAAGCAUUGUGAAUGCUUUCCUAUGAGACUGGCUGAAUGCGCGCACAGCUCCUGCCGCGCAUGCGCAUUCAGCCGGAGAGGAGGAGGAGAGCUCCCCGCCCGGCGCUGGAGAAAGAGGUAAGUUUAACCCCUUCCUCUCCCCAGAGCCCAGCGGGAGGGGGACCCUGAGGGUGGGGGCACCCUCAGGGCACUAUAGUGCCAGGAAAAUGAGUGUGUGGUCCUUUGAAGCUUGGAUGUACAUAUAAAAGAAAACAGGAAAAAACAAGAAAUAUAGUGCAGACAGUUCCCAAAAAUAGACAAUUGAUGGUAAUAAAUGACUGAAACCACUCACAUGGACAGGAGCCUAUGCAGUAUUGGCUCCGUAAAUAGAUCCUUUAUGCUCUUUGGGCAGCAAACACACCCCUUUAUCCCAGGCAGUAUCACUCCAGGAAUAUACAACGAGAAAGAGAACAAAAAAACGGCUGUGUAGAAUAGCACAUACUAUAUUAACAUAAAAGGUGGAAAUAGUUGCACUCGCCUUCACCAGAGCCCUGAAAUCCCAGCUCUGAGGUUGGUAGACAGUGUGCUUUUUUUAGGGGGGAUAGCACUCUCCCCAAUGGAGUUCCUGAUGGCUAGAAAGGACUUUGGACUAGAGUGUAAAAUAAUAACAUUACAUUUAUUAUUAGUACAAUAAAAACAGUACAAAUACGUACUAGAAGAUAAAAAAUCCAGUUGAAGUCCAAUUAAAAGUCCAAAAAAUCAGCUAAAUGCGUUUCACUCUAUGAGCUUCCUCAGUAGCUGCAUAAUAGCCUCAGGAAUCCUUCUUUUUAAAUGUUUGAAAGUCCACGUGGAUCCUAAUCUUGGGGUCACAUGGUGCGUAAUUGGCCAAUCAUCCGAGCAGGUUCCUUCCUAUAUUAUGUGCUAGGAAAGACAUCUGUGGUGGAAAGGUCCUCAUUUGGUCAGUGUUGUCAAUCAACAAUAAUGUUUAAUUACAUGGUGUUCAUUGGUGGUAACAUAAUUGGGUGUCCAAUGGUGUAAAUGGUUAGCAGAAGUGGCAGCACUGGAUACUUCCGCCCUCCAUUACUAACAUAGAGAUCAAUAAAAGUAGUAGAAACAACACUUCAUAAAUGGGCCCAUUCGGGCUUGUCGCUCCCCCUCAAAACGGGGUGCAGCAUCUGUAGAAGACUGACUAAUUGAGGAAAUACCAAGCGCCGAUCGGUAAAAAUUUAAUUGUUUUGCUGUAAUUGUAUAUCAAGCAUGUAUACAAGGAAAAUGAAUUCCACCAAACCUUUAAAUUGGGUAUAUGAUGUAGUGUAGGCUAAAAAUCUUUUAAUUCCGGGCACAUUCAAUCUCCACUAUCUAUACACCGUGACUAAUCUGAGGUCCGUGCUCCAUCUAGUGUUUUAGUCAGGGAAGAUCAGGAUUAAUUGUUUUCAUCAAGUCCCAGAUAUAAUCCCGGAAGGAACAUUCUGAUAAAAUCUGCAAAUCCUGUUCCUUAUGGAUAUUAGGCCAUCUUUUACAGUUGCUUAGGUUACCUACUGAGACUCUAAACAAGAAAAUAUCCUUUUCAUUGGUUAUAUUUUGGUGUGAUUCAAGUAUUUCAAGUUGCUGUAUAUUUUUUCCUGCUGUAUUAGACUAAUAUAAACGUUGCUUGGUAUACGUAUAGAUAUGUAAGCCUGUUUUGAUUCAUCAUAAUUCUCUGUUCAUAUCUUUUUCUUCUGCUUAUACACAGAUCGAGAUCACAGUGACUUCCAAGUGUUUUUCUACCUGUGGAUUGUCUCCUAUUUUGUCAGUUCCUGCUACACACUCAUAUGGGAUUUGAAGAUGGACUGGGGUCUGUUUGACCGUAACGCAGGAGAGAAUACUUUCCUACGGGAAGAAAUUGUGUACCCCCAAAAGGUAACAUUUUGACAUACAUGUAAAGGAAACUUUGGUAUCUCCUAAGUUUUAUCUAAUGAUUUGUGUUUAGAAGGCAUGUUACGAACUCUGUUGGAAGUCAAAUCACUGUUUAGUAAAUAAACCCCAUGGUAAAUUUGCAUGGCCCUUACUAAUGUUGUCAUCCUUUCCUUAUAUGUAAUGUUCCAAUUCCCCCCUCUCUCAUACUUCUCUAGGCAUACUACUAUUGUGCAAUCAUACAAGACAUCCUUCUCCGUUUUGCCUGGACCGUUCAGAUUUCAGUCACCUCUUUAAACCUCUUCCCAGACGCUGGAGAUAUCCUCUCCACAAUACUUGCUCCACUUGAGGUCUUCCGGUGAGAAUAUGCAUUUAUAAAAGUUUGCAAAAGUUUUUCCUUAUUUUACUUUGUUCAUUCCGUCCUUUUCAUCAACCGUCACAAUUCUGCUCAGUCUUGAAAAUAUUGUGUGAUCGCACAUUGCAACAGAUACUGCAAAAACAAAAUAGCACUCCUGUAGUAAAGGGCGUGAUGUAUUUUUUUUUUUUUUUUUUUAAUUUAAAAUGAUGCUGUUACUCAACAGUGGUGUUGAAAUGCAUGUGUCUCAGAUUUUUAAAAAAGUACAAGAAAAUCAUACAUCUUUAUAAAAAACAAAAAUUAAAAUAACUUUAGAAAUUCUAUCUUGCUAUGCUGAACAUGAUGGAAUGUAACUUUAUUUUUAGCCGUUUUGUGUGGAAUUUCUUCCGUCUGGAGAACGAGCACCUGAAUAACUGUGGUGAGUUCCGAGCCGUGCGUGAUAUUUCUGUGGCACCCAUGAAUGCAGAUGACCAAACACUGCUGGAGCAGAUGAUGGAUCAAGAGGAUGGCGUGAAGAACCGUUGCAAGAGCAAGACAUGGAAACGCAGCCAGAGUAUAUCCCUUCGUAGACCACGACUGUCAUCACAGUGAGUUUUGUGCUUUGACAUAUAAUUGAGGAUCAGGGGAGGUAUUGUAGUAACCUUUCCCUGUGAACCUUAUAUUAUUAUUAAUAGAUGUUAUAAUAUUUCUCUUCCUAUAAAAUCGAAAUCACUUUUUAGUCUAUCAUUUCUUACCCAUUUUUUUCUACCACUCUCCUCACGACCACCUUGCAAGCGUGCUCUUUCUCCUUUACCCCAUCUCUCCUAUAUUUAUUUAGCCACAGUAAAAUAAUGUCAUAUGCCAUGUGUUCAUACAACAUGCAUAUAAAAUAAAGUAAUAUUAACCACUUAACGACGUUGGGAUAUGUCAGUACGUCCUGACUAUACUUGGCUUUAAUGUCGUUGGGACAUAUUGACACAUCCUAAUGUUUAGAUGUGAGCAGGAUUAAAUCCAUGCUCACACUACGGACUCCCAAGUAUCAGUCGGUAUAUGUGACUCCCCUUUAUCAACUGGGACUACAGCUGUGUUCACAGUGCUACAUAGAGCCAUUUAAAUCCAUUUUAAACACUGCUGGUGAACAGAUCAUUCAGCCACAGUAUUUCUUGGCUGGAAGGUGCUCAAAGGAGAGAGCCCUAGGUUCUGGCCAGAGUAAUUGUUGCUGGGUUUUGACAGCUGUCUAGCACCUAUCACAGUGUAAUGCUGAAACCAGCCAAUAGAUGGCAGCAACAAACAGCAUCACUGUUUUAACCAAGAAACUCAUCUGGUGAAAUAAGUACUGGGUUUCCUUUUGAUGUAGGGGUAUGGUCAGUGGCGGAACUACCGCGGUCGCAGCUGCGACCAGGUCCGUCACUCCAGACGGCCCGGUCGCCCUGCCGACCCCUGCAACAGGGGUGCCCACUGGCAUUGUUGAGCAUAGCAGGAGCAUGGGCCACCUGAUGGCAAUGAAUUACCUGGGGUUACACUGGGGCACUUUAAGAACACGACCUGGCACCAUUGAUGUCUGAGCGCCCGCUGGGAGGAAGCCAUCACUUCCUCCCAGCAUACACAGAACAGAGCCGUGCGGGAGGAGAUCGCAGGGAAAGGAGUGUAGUGAGUCCAGAGCUUUGACUCCCAUCAGCAUUAGGCAGCCAUUGGACCCCAGGGACGUCGCCCUCCUGCAUCUAAAGGUAGGAAACAGGACGGUGACUAAAAUGUUUAAGUUUGUGUGUGUUUGAAUGUGUCUGUAUGUGUGUGUUUGUGAGUGUAUGUUUGUGAGUGUCUGCAUAUCGGUGUGUGUCUGUAUCUGGAUAUCUGUGUGUGAAUGUAUGUGUGUGUCUUUGUUUGUAUGUAUAUUUUUGUAUAUAUUUGUAUGUGUAUCUGUUUUUUCUGCGUGUGAGUCUGUAUGGGUGUCUGUAUGUGUGUCACAGUUUAUAUCUGUAGAUGGUCAUUCUGUGUAUCUGAAUGGUUGUCAUUAAGUGUGUCUGUGUAUCCGUAUGUGUGCCUGUUUUUCUGUGUCAGUGUGUGCCCCUACUUAUCUGUAUGCGAGUCACUGUUUGUAUCUGUAUCCGUGUCAUUCUUUGUAUGUGUAUCUGCAUUUGACUAGGUGUAUUUUUCUGUAUGUGUGUCUGUGUAUCCGCAUGUGUGCCUGUGUUUGUAUCUGUGUAUCUGAAUGUGUCUUUCUGUGUGUCUUGUAUUAUACAAAUGGAGGGGCAGGGGGAGUAGGGAAGAUGUAUGAGGAGGGGGGCCCCAGGGCAAUUUUCGCACCAGGGCCUUUGGUUUCUAGUUACGCCUCUGGGUAUGGUAAUUGUAGGGUUGGAGUUAGGGUUUGGGUAAAGUUAGGGUAUGGUAUGAUUAGUGGUAGAGUUAGGGUAAGGUAAGGGUUAAUGUGGAUUCAGGAUUUGGGUAAGGUCAGGGCAGGUAUACUCUGUAAGCAUAGGGUUUAAGGCUAGGAUUUGUAUUUAGUUAGUGUAAAGGGUAGUAUAGGAUUAGUGCAGGGCUUCCCAAACUUUUAUGGGCCGAGACCCACUUUUCAAAACAGUAAUUUUUCGAGACCCACUUGCUUUUAAUGCAUAUUUUAAAACACCAUUAACACCAUGGAAAUCUGCUUUAGAUGCAUACAAUUGGCACACCAUAGGAAUCAGCUUUAGAGGCAUACAAUUGGCACACCAUGGCAAUCAGCUUUACAGGCAUACAAUUGGAACAUUAUGGCAGCUUUAGAUGCAUAAAAUUGGCACACUAUAGCAAUCCGCUUUAGAUGCAUACAAUUGGCACACUGUGGCAAUCAGUUUGAGGCAUAAAAUUGGCACACCAUGGCAAUCCGCUUUAAAUGCAUACAAUUGGCAUACCAUGGCAAUCCGCUUUAGAUGCAUAAAGUUGGUACAUCAUGGCAAUCUGUUUUAGAUGUAUAAACUUGGCACAUCAUGGCAACUUUAGGUGCACAAAAUUGGCACACCAUGGCAAUCAGUUUUAGAGACUUACAAUUGGCACACCAUGGCAACAAGCUUUAGAGGCAUAAAAUUGGCACACCGUGGCAAUUGAUUUUAGAUGCAUAAACUUGGCACAUCAUGGCAAUCAGCUUCAGAGGCAUACAACUGGCACACAUUUGGCAAACAGUCAGAUGCAUAAAAUUGGCACACCAUGGCAAUCAGCUUUUAGAUGCAUACAAUUGGCAUGCCUUGGCAAUCUGCUUUAGAUGCAUAAAUUGGCAUAACAUGGCAGUUUUAGAGGCAUAAUUGUGGGAUAUCAUGGCCGUUUUAGAGGCAGAAACUUUGCACAUCAUGGCAAUCAGUUUUAGAGACAUACAACUGCUUACUCAGACUCAAAUCAGAAGUGCUGUUGUCGUGCUCUUUCAUCCAGGCACCUCACGUUGAUUGUCCCAGUGGUGGAACUAAUGUAGAGAGGGCCCUGGUGCAAGUAUGUUUUCUGGGCCCCCCUUUAGUGCAAGUGUGGCCAAAAGGUAGAUCUUCAACAAUGCUAUGCCUCAUGGGGAUCUACCAUUUGCGAAUCAUUGCAUUAUAUUUGUGAGCAUUAUUUGAGCGUUUGAAUGUAAGCAUGUUUUUGUAUUAAGUAUAUGUGUGCAUGUAUGGAUGUAUUUGUAUGUACUGUUGCCAUUGGAAUGUAGUGGUGUAUUUGUUUGUAAUGUUUGCGUCUGAAUGCAUGGGUGUUUGUAUGUAGUGUAGGACUUUAAUUGCAGGUGUGCUUUUUGUGUGUAGUGUUGGUGUUUGAAUGAAAGGGUGUUUGUAGAGCAUUUUAGUGUUUUAAUGCAGGGGUGUGUUUGUAUGUAAUGUUUGCAUUUAAAUGCAGUGCGUGUGUUGUGGAUGCAGUGUGUGUAUAUUUUGUUUAUAAAAUAUACAUAUACACAAUGUGUUUGAAUGUAAGCAUGUUUUUUGUAUGGAGUAUGUGUGCAGUGUAUACACAUAUAUACACACAGACACACAAUGACACCUAGUUCCCACACACAGAUACAAAGACACUCAUGUACACAGAUACACACAAUACACACAGAUACACAUACACGCAGAAACAGGAGGUGAGUGACAGUGUGGUAGGGAGUGUGUGUGCUGGUAACAGUGUGGGGGCAGUGGGAGGGCAGGGUUAGAAAGGGUUACAGUGGGCGGGCAUGGGGAGAAAUGAUUACAGUGGGGGGGGAGGGAGAAAAGGCUACAGUGGGGUGGCAGGGAGUGAAGGGAUUACAGUGUGGAAGGGGCAGGGAGUGAAGGGGUUACAGUGUGGGGAGGGGGCAAGGAGUGAAGGUGUUACAUUGUGGGGAGGGGGGCAAGGAGUUGAAGAGGUUACAUUGUGGGGAGGGGCAGGGAGUGAAGGGGUUACAUUUGGGAGGGGCAGGAGUGAAGGGUUUUCAUUGUGGAGAGGGGGCAGGGAGUGAAGGGGUUUCAUUGUGGGGAGGGAGGUAGGGAGUGAAGGGGUUUCAUUGUGGGAGGGAGGCAGGGGUGAAGGGGUUUCAUUGUGGGGAGGGGGCAGGGGUGAAGGGGUUUCAUUGUGGGGAGGGAGGCAGGGAGUGAAGGGGUUUCAUUGUGGGGAGGGGGGCAGGGAGUGAAGGGGUUACAUUGGGGGGCAGGGUCUGGGGGCUGUGUCCUACCUGUAAUAAAUUCCAGUGUCUCCCUGGUGGUCCGGUGGGUUAACGCUCCGCCAGGUGCAGAGCUGCAAACCGUGUAAUAAGUCUCGCGAGCUCCCAGAGUGUUGCCAUGGUAACGCUCUGGGAGCUCGCAAGACUUCUAUCACACAGUCUGCAGCUCUGCACCCGGCGGAGCUGCAGACUGACUGGAAGGAGCCCGGCAGCAUACAGGGCAAGCCGCCGGGCCCCUUCCUGACCAGUCUGACUCCCGAGUCUCCCGCGGCCCUGGAUGUGUGGGUCAGCGCGACCCACUGGGAAUCGCCCUGCAACCCACACUUUGGGAACCGCUGGAUUAGUGUUGACUAACAAAAACAUAUUUAAAUCCUAGACUUAUGAGGCAUUCAACAAUCGGGACUGAUGUGUGAAACUAUUUGGAGCGCUUUUUAUUUAGUUGCACUGGAUGUGUAAACAAUAGAAGCAAAAAUGGGAAAGGUGUGUGUGUACAUUUUAUUCACUUAAUUUUGUAUUAGUUAUACAAAUAGGAUAUUAAAAGAGAAAGCUCUUUCUCUUUAAAUCACAAUAUGUGUGGGGACACUUAAAGAGAAACCUUUAAACUACAGUUGAACAAACAGAUAUCACAAAAUCCAGGUUUUAUUUUGAUUCAUAACUUAAAGUUCACUCUUACUCUAUGAUUCACAACUCUUGAAAGUUUAUACAAAAUGUUUAUCACUAAAAUGUGUUUAGGAUGUUAAUAAGAGGAACUGUCGCUGUCUAUGAUUAUGCAUAUGAUGUUUACUUAUUUGAUGUUUACUAGAUUUAACAAGUAAUUGAGAUGUGCAAAUUUAAAUGUAGAUAUUGACACCUAUUUGUCCUGCAACUAGGUGUUUCAGUGUUAAGUCUCUGUCAAUCAUUGUUUUAAUCUUUGUCCUUUGUACCUAGCAGCUAGCAUACAGAAAAGAGAUGUGAAACAGGAAAUAUAUAUCAAACUGUGCUGAAAACUUACAGUUGGAAUUCAUCAUUAUUUUAAUCAUAUUUAUCAAAGUGAUCUAAAUUCCACAACUUUUCUGUCAGAAAAAUUGGCAAAAAUUUUCAUAAAUCUGUUGCAUCUGUGAAGUCAUUAAAUAUAUAAAAAAAAUUUAACUGAAAGUCAGAUGUAAAAAUGUUGGCAAAACUUUGAUAACUCGCUCCCACUGUGUAUAUUUUUCCUUGUCUGAACUGUAUUAAGACGUAAUUUGCUAAAUUGUUAAUAGAAAUGUAAAGUGUUAAUGCACGUUAUAGGAGAUUUUCAAUGUUCUGUUCAAAGGUGUAAAUUCGAGAGAAGUGACAGUUUCACUUUAAAACCUGUCAAUCUAUUUUCACCUUUCUAAUACUACCUUCUCUCUGUUUUAUCCAUUAGGAGUAAGGCGCGAGAUGCUAAAAUUCUGAUUGAUGACACCGAUGAUGAGGCGAAUACAUGAACAACACAAUUCUUGGAAAAAUCCAACCUUAGACCACUUUAAUCAGGCUGUUACCCCGUCAUUCUGGCUUCUCUUUUUUUGUCUAUCUCUACAGCCUAUCUUUACUGGGUUGGCCUCUUGCACGCCUGCCUUUUCCAGCUUAAUUGAUUUAUUUCCCAAUCCAUGCACAGAGGUAACAAGGGAAGCUGCGGACAGACCUUUCCUUGCCAGAAGCUACCCUGAUGGAAAGGACUGUCGGGGAGUCAAGGGGUUAUACUCCAAUGCACCAAUCCCCAUUUAUGUAAUCUCUUGCCUGAUUCCAAACAGACUUCAAUUACCUAUUGAUUUAUUAUUUUUUAUUUUGUGCUCUUGUGCCACAGACAUCAGCAUUUUGCUGAUAUUGUUUGGGUUUUUGUUUUUUUUUUGUUCUUUCACAGCUGCUAUUUUUUUUCCUCUUAUUUCCCCUUCCUUGAUGUUUUUCUUCACAUCCCAACUCAUGCGUUUGUUUGCAAAUCAUUAUGGGUAUUUUGUGUUCCCACCCCCCCAGCAGUGCUGGAUGGGGUCCCAAUGAUAAGGGGCUGGGGGAGUGACCAUUACAUACAAGGUAUAUGUUCCUUCAUUUACACUAUCAACAAUCCUUUGUUUUAAACCAAAGUUCCUUUAUUAUUAUUAUUUUUUCUUCUUACUCUUUAUAAACCUCUCCCUGAUUUCUUCUGGACUAUUUUAGUGGAUAUGUUCAGAUCCUUAAUUCUUGUCUUAAAGGCUUGCAGUCAUUUCAGAAUCUGAGAGAAGCCAGUCCUGCCAAGGGCCUGUAUUCUGCUCUUUGUAAGAGCUGAGCACUCCCUCUCAUAGCCUCAACAAUCUGCACUUGGGGACUUGUGGUACUUAACCACUUUGCUGCUUAAAAUAUAACAACGGUGGGGUAAAUUGAUGGCACCCUGCCUACAGCAGAGUGGUUAAAUUUGACCCUUUCUUCCCCCCUUACUGCCAGACAAAGACAUGUAAACACAUGUCUAAAGUAUUCUGUCCACGCUCUCAUUGCUGCCUUUUGGGUUAUACCCACAUUUGCCAGCAGAUCUUCCCACAAGGGCUGACAAUAGGGUAAUCAGUCUUAAACCCACCUCCUCCCUCUUCACCCAGCACUGCAGUAGAUGCACAAUGCAGUAAUUGGGAAGGGGGUGGCAGAGUACUAAUACCAUUAACAGACAUUAGACAAAAUGUCACCCAGGUUUUGUUCUGAAGAUGCAAUCCAUACCUGCUCCAUGAGAUAGGUCCAGAGUUAUGACAGAGCUGCCUCCCUUCCCUUUAACCUGUUUUCUUUCUCCAGUUAGUGCAAGGACAAUCUUUAAAAACUAGACCUCCUUUUUGGUUACAAUUUACCUCUAGACCAUCCUGCCUCUGUCAGUCCUACUCCCUUCUUCUCUUUUUUGCAAAGGGGAUAUUUAGAGGGAGCAGCGCCCAGAGCACUGCUGAGGUUUAUGACCACUGCUUUCUUGUCUUGCUGUAGCUGUAUACGUGCAUUGCUGUUCAGCUUGGCUUUUGUAUGUCUGUGCGCAUGCUGUGUUCCUUCUCUGUCUAGGGGGGGAAUUAUGUGUUUAUUAGAAACGGGUUCCACUGCUGAGUUUAGGGAGAGAGUACAAGUUGCUUUUCCAGUUCAACUCAUUUGAUCACGUCCUCCAUUUUACGAACCACAGCCUUACAAGUAGACAUGCAAUUAUUGUAAACUUUGCACCAUUCACGCCAUGCGCAGAUGACGUUAACACUGCAUAUAGCAAAAAAAAAUCUUAUUUUUAGGCUAAUGUUUUCUUUUGUCUGGCGCUGCCAUGAAGCUUCUUUUAAUUCCUUAUGUGUUUCUAGGGAAUAUUUCCCUUCCAGAAAUAUAUCUAGAACCCACCUACCAUCUUAGCCAUAAGCCUUAGUUAGCACAUAAAAGUCAGGGAGUCUUCUCUUCAUAGACCAUGUAUAUCUUGCUGUCAUCCUUUCUUAGGUUCUCAGAACACAGCCAUAUUUAUUAGCAGUUCUUGGCCAGCCCUGGAUUACACAGUUAAUGUUUAAGCCAGUGUUGUUGGUUACACUGUUGUAGGUUUAAAACCCAUAGUGGAUGAUGGUUACAUUGUCUAAGAUUAUCUACUUGCUGUCUGAACAUGCACAAUCCAAUCCUAUAUAUAGAUGUCUCUCUAGUUAUAAAAAGUGCUGUGGACAAGAUUUGUGAUCUAUGUCAUCAAAUCAUGGCUCUCCUAGUGAGGAAGUGGUUUUAACAAGUUUUAUUUUUUAUUUUUUAUUUUUUUAAGGCCUAAUGCAUAGGGGUGCUCUCCCUGCCUCAGACAGAGGCCCGACACAAACUUGGUAGCUGUAAUGUGACAAACAUGUUCUUGUGUAAGGUGUGGUGUAAGUUCAUGUAACAAGGGAAUAGUGUCUGGAAGAGGGAUUUAGAACGUCAGGGAAUAUAGGGGAAACUAAGCACACUCCGUCCCUCCCUGCUGCACUCUCCAGCUCUCUGCCCAAUGUGAAGCUCUCUUCCUGCUAGGUGUCUUUAAUAUAAGCACUGUGACUUGUUCUAUUUCAGGUGCAUUCAUAUCUCCCCUAUGUCCCCUUCCUUUCAUUUUGUCUUCAUUGAUUUUUUUUUUUAUUUAACUUUAUUUUUGUUUUUCUUCAACCUUAACCCACUAUGUGACUUUCUUGUAUUCCUGAUCUUUUUUCCUACCUGCUGCACUACCUUUUUCUCUCAAAGUGCACAGGCCAGUUUUUCUUCAACCUUAACCCACUAUGUGACUUUCUUGUAUUCCUGAUCUUUUUUCCUACCUGCUGCACUACCUUUUUCUCUCAAAGUGCACAGGCCAGUUCUUGCUUGCUCCCUAUCUGUUACCGUGCUUAUAGCUUUCUAUUCCCCUUUGAUGGAUAUAAAGAAUUUUUUUUUUUUUUUUUUUUAAUUCUGUGGAGUACUUUAUGGUCAGUAGGAAAACUUGGCACAAAGUGCUUCUGAUUUGUAGAUUGUAUAAAAUAUUUGUGGCUUUAUGUGUUUAAUUUUUAAUUUUUUUUUUUUGGUAAAAGAAAAAGAAAAUGA